AUGAGAAACGCACAUCAUAAUUAUCUGAUUGAUCGUUGUCGUUUCAUAAGAUUUCUCGCCAUCAUUCAUACUUGGAAAUUUCUAAUGUCUCGCUAUAUACGUUGUACAUUUAUCAAGAAACGUGGGUUUUCUUUAGUUCGGGUGUCACCCACAAUAUUUGCUCGAUCUUUGAAACAUCAGAAUGUGUCUCGAUAUGCAACCGAAGCUAACUCAAAAGAAAAACUUCCUACACCUGGAAAAGAAGCAGCAGUUAACUCGCGUGUCGCUAGUCUUGUUGAUCAAAUCGCAUCAUUAACAUUAAUUGAAACUUCAGAACUAGUACAAUCAUUAAAGUCUCGUUUAAAUAUUCAAGAUGUUGUAUUUCCAACUGUUAACGUAUCUGCGUCAGCUAGUCCAACUGCCGAAACUGCAGCUUCUGCUCCUGUUGAGGCUCCUGAAAAAACCGAGUUCGUUGUUAAAUUAGAGAAAUAUGAUGCAGCUGCUAAAACAAAAAUAAUUCGUGAAAUAAAAAACAUUUUGCCCGGGACAAAUCUUGUGGAGGCCAAAAAAUUUGUCGAAAGUGUUCCAAAAGUUAUAAAAGAAAAUGUAAAUAAAGAAGAAGCAGAAAAGAUUAAAAAGACAUUGGAAGGCCUUGGUGGCACUGUAAUAUUAGAAUAA